AUGCCUUUUGAUGAUUUUGUCGUGGUGUACUUGGACGAUAUAGUAAUCUACAGCGAGACAUUGGAGGAACAUGUCCAACAUGUGAGGCAAGUUUUUAAUCGGCUACGGGAGAAUGAACUCUAUGCCAAACCGUCUAAAUGCUCAUUUGCUCAGACAUCUAUCAAUUUCCUGGGUCACAUCAUUGAACAAGGUAAAAUCCGCAUUGAUUCGAUUAAGGUUACAGCCAUCAGAGAUUGGCAACCACCAAAAACCGUAUAUGAUGUACGUUCAUUUCUUGGGUUAUGCAAUUAUUAUCGAAGAUUUGUGAAAGGCUACUCAGUAAUUGCACUGUCACUUAUCGAAUUGACAAAGAAGGAUGAGGAUUGGGAUUGGUCAUCCCAAUGUCAAACUUCUUUUGAAAGGUUGAAGAAGUCCAUGUGGACAAACUUGAUUUUAGCCUUACCGAACAUGACUAAACCACUUGAAGUUCAUAUAGAUGCUUCAUAUUUUGCACUUGGUGGAGUCCUUAUGCAAGAAGGACAUCCGAUAGCAUAUGAGACCCGGAAGUUAAACCAAACAGAACGUCGUUACUCAGCACAUGAAAAGGAAUUGUUGGCUACUCCACUGUCUCAGAGGAUGGCGGAGCUGUCACCACAAACACGAGACCAAAUUCGAGCACUUAUGGAGAAGGACCGAGCUACUCAAUAUUUGGUCGACCUCAUCAAGCAGGGUAAAACUCGACAGUUCUGGCCCGAUGGGGAGCUAGUGAAGAUAAAGGAAGACCGCCUAUAUAUUCCUAAGAGCGGAGAUAUGAGGAAAAUCACUAAUUACGGAAUGCCAGGACACGAUUUGGGUAGGGCAUCUCGGAGAGAAACGUACUUGUGCACUACUCAAGAUAAGGCAGAGCAUCAGAAAAAGGCGGGCUUGCUGGAGCCCCUUUCCGUCCCAAUUCGGCCAUUCGAAAGUGUAUCGAUGGGCUACAUUAUUGGGUUGCCAAAAGUUAUGAAUUUUGGCACUAUCAUCGUCGUGGUGGACCGUCUAUCAAAAUACGCAACUUUCAUUGCAGCGCCUAAGUAUGUAUUCGCGGAAGAGACAACUCAACUCUUCUUCAAACCUAUUGUCAAAUAUUGGGGACUGCCUAAGGAUAUCCAACCGCUACUCCCUUAUACAGUGGAUAUCGAACGAAGUACCAAGUCUCCUCAAAUGAAAAACUUUUCUCAAGAGUGGAAACGAAAUAUUGAAAUUGCUAAGAGUUAUCUUGAGAAAGCUCAAAAACGGUAUAAAAAGUCUGCAGAUCUAAAGCGUCGUUUCAUCGAACUCAAUAUUGGAGAUCUGGCAAUGAUUUUUCUUCCGAAUGCUAUUAUAGGGGUAUUAGUCAUUGAAAAAUCUUCCAAGUUCACUGGUGUCCGUCCCCUGCACCAGCAAUUAAUAUCGCUGUCGAUUUCGGUUAAGAACAUCCCAGAAGGCAAGAUUGGUCAGCAACAUAACAUUGAAGAUUCCGUUACUUGA